GCACGAGUAGUCCCUGUGCCUCAGAUACACACUCACACAGGGGACAGGAGAGAGGAAUGGCACCGUUCAGACUGCCCUACUGCCCACUCAACUGACACAUCUACAGGUUGAGCAAGCUUUUGGACCAAAAUUGCUCUUUUGGAUAGUUGCUGUGUCCUACAAAAGUGGAGCUGACCAAAACACCAAAAAGCAAAAGAGGGAGAAAAAAAACAUGGAGACGCUCAGAAGAGAAAGUUGAUAGACUUUGCCGGACAGAGGACUUUGCUUUUUCGGUUUUGGAAAGGACUGGGUAGAAAAAGAGGAUAAAGAGCAGCUGAAUGAUUGAGAAAAAGAAAACCAGUAUUUUCAAUACCUAUUUUGAUUUGUUGCUGAUCCUCCAUUUGUCCGUUUUUCCCUGUGUUCGAACUUUUUUCCUCGUUGGACACAUGUAGAGGGAAAGCGUUCAAGGGACGUCUGAUUUUAUCAAGCAACAACAUUUUCAAGCGGGAAGGGAAAGAAAGCAAAUGAAAAUGUUGGAGAUAUGCCUGAAAUUGGUGGGGUGUAAAUCUAAGAAAGGCCUCUCGUCCUCAUCCAGCUGUUACUUGGAAGAAGCCCUCCAGAGACCAGACUUUGAGAGUCAGGGUCUGACAGAAGCGGCCCGCUGGAACUCCAAAGAGAACCUGUUGGCCGGACCCAGCGAGAAUGACCCCAACCUGUUUGUCGCACUCUAUGAUUUUGUCGCCAGUGGUGACAACACACUCAGCAUUACUAAAGGAGAGAAGCUGCGUGUGCUGGGUUACAACCACAACGGCGAGUGGUGCGAGGCACAGACCAAGAAUGGCCAGGGUUGGGUGCCGUCCAACUACAUCACCCCUGUCAACAGCCUGGAGAAACACAGCUGGUACCAUGGACCCGUGUCACGCAACGCUGCAGAGUACCUGCUCAGCUCGGGCAUCAACGGGAGCUUUCUGGUCCGCGAGAGUGAGAGCAGCCCCGGCCAGAGGUCCAUAUCCCUGCGGUACGAGGGGAGAGUCUACCAUUACAGGAUUAACACUGCAUCUGACGGCAAGAAUCUCUUUCUCCUCCAGCUGUACGUCUCGUCAGAAAGCCGUUUCAACACACUGGCGGAACUGGUGCACCACCAUUCCACGGUGGCCGACGGCCUCAUCACCACGCUGCACUACCCGGCACCGAAGCGCAACAAGCCCACCAUCUACGGAGUUUCACCCAACUAUGACAAGUGGGAGAUGGAGCGCACUGACAUUACCAUGAAGCACAAGCUGGGAGGGGGCCAGUACGGGGAGGUGUACGAGGGAGUUUGGAAGAAGUACAACCUCACUGUGGCUGUUAAGACACUAAAGGAGGAUACGAUGGAGGUGGAGGAGUUUCUCAAGGAGGCUGCUGUCAUGAAAGAGAUCAAACACCCCAACCUGGUACAACUGUUAGGCGUGUGCACACGAGAGCCACCAUUCUACAUCAUCACAGAGUUCAUGACCCAUGGUAACCUACUGGACUACCUGAGAGAGUGCAACAGAGAGGAGGUCAAUGCAGUUGUGCUGCUCCACAUGGCCACACAGAUCUCCUCUGCCAUGGAGUACCUGGAGAAAAAAAACUUUAUACACAGGGACUUAGCAGCCCGUAACUGUCUGGUCGGGGAGAAUCACCUGGUAAAGGUUGCAGACUUCGGCCUGAGCAGGCUAAUGACUGGAGACACCUACACAGCUCAUGCUGGGGCCAAAUUCCCCAUCAAGUGGACCGCCCCGGAGAGUCUGGCCUACAACAAGUUCUCUAUUAAGUCUGAUGUCUGGGCAUUUGGUGUGCUGCUGUGGGAGAUCGCCACCUACGGUAUGUCUCCCUACCCCGGCAUUGACCUGUCCCAAGUGUACGAGCUGCUGGAGAAAGAUUACCGAAUGGACCGACCAGAGGGCUGCCCCGAGAAGGUCUACGAGCUCAUGAGGGACUGCUGGAGGUGGAACCCCUCAGAACGUCCAUCUUUUGCUGAAACGCACCAAGCCUUUGAGACCAUGUUCCAGGAGUCCAGCAUCUCUGACGAGGUGGAAAAGGAGCUUGGCAAGAAAGGGAAGAAGGCCAUAUUAGGCCCCAUCCAGCAGGCUCCACAGCUGCCCACCAAAACCAGAACACUUCGCAAAAACAUGGACAACCGGGACGGAGACAGUCCAGAUCUGGUGGACCCGGAGGUAGCCGUGUCGUCACCCAUGCUCCCCAGAAAAGAGCGCCCCCUCCUGGACAGUAACCUGAAUGAGGAUGACCGUCUCAUACCCAAAGACAAGGACAAGACACGUGGCAGUGGCUUUCUAAGUCUCAUAAAGAAAAAGAAAAAGAAUGCACCAGCUCCGCCCAAACGCAGCUCCUCUUUCAGAGAGAUGGACAUCCACCACGACAAGAGGGGCGUUACUCCAGAUCCUCGAGAAGGCGACAGCUUCAACAACGGUGCAUCUUUGGCUGUCAAUGACAUCACACAUGGCCUAGACUCUGCAAAGUUCCUGGGUCCUAACAAUAACGGGGCAGGGGGCAUCACCAACGGGGCUCCCACCUACCCAGGACCAUUAUUUCCCAGGAAGAAGGGAGUUCCUGCAGUGCCUGGCCCAGGAGGAAAAGCAGCGACAACACCACCCAGCGAGGAGGAAACCAUGUCUAACUCAAAGCGUUUUCUCUGGUCCUCCAGCAUGCCCACCGGCUCAGAUGGCACUGAAUGGAAGUCUGUCACACUGCCGCGAGACCUCGGCCAGCGCCACUUUGACUCAGGCACAUUCGGGGGCAAGCCAGCUCUGCCUCGCAAGAGAACCAGUGAGCAAAAAGGGGAAAAUGCCCCUCGAAUGGGCACGCUGACUCCUCCGCCACGUCUGAACACGUCAUCGGAUGUUUCCUCUGCCUUCUUAGGCAAAGACACUGAUCCCAGUCCUGGUUCAAGUCCCCAGGCAUUAACACCCAAGGUGGUCAGGAGACCAGGGUUGCCGGGACUGGAGAACUCCAAGACCAGCGCUCUGCACGCUGAGCUCCUGAAGCCCAAUGUGUUCCCUGCUUUAGGGGCAGCUGGAGAAGAGUGCAGGGCCCGCAGAAACAAGCACUCUGGGGACUCUGGCAGGGAAAGAGGAAAGUUACAGAAACCCAAGCCAGCUCCACCCCCACCCCCCACCAAUUCCAAAACAGGCAAGAGUUCCCGCAGUCCCACUCAAGAACUCCCUUCCUCCUUAUCCACCUCAGAUAUCAAAGCUAAGGGUCUCCCCUCUGUCUCAGAGCCGCACCAUACAACCACUGCCAGUGACCAAGCCCGCUCACCCCUCAGUGAGGGCUCCAAGAAGCUGCCUGUGGGCUCCACCUCCAAACCUCAACCGUUAAAGACCUCCACCUCGUCUUCUUCAGUGACCACCUCCCUCUCCAGCCAGAGCCUAGGAGGCUUCCCUUCCUCCCUCACCUCCCCCGGGGACCUGAGCUCACCCACUGCCUUCAUCCCGCUAGUGAACACCCGGCGCUCCCUCCGCAAAACUGCACCCCGCCAGGCUUCCGAGCGCACCCCCAACUCAGCUGUGACGCGCGAGAUGGUGCUGGAAGGCACCGAGCUGCUCCGUGCUGCCAUUUGCCGCAACUCGGAGCAGACCGGCAGCCACAGCGCCGUGCUAGAGGCCGGAAAGAACCUGUCCAAGUACUGCGUGAGCUUCGUCGACUCCAUACAGCAGAUGAGGAACAAGUUCGCCUUCCGCGAGGCCAUCAACAAGCUUGAGAGCAGCCUGCGCGAGCUGCAGAUCUGCCCCACCGCCACAGGGGGCGCCAACGCACAGCAGGACUUCAGCAAGCUGCUGUCCUCUGUCAAAGAGAUCAGUGACAUUGUUCAGAGGUAGCGCCAUAAAAUCUUAAACUACAAAGACGUAAAACUGAUAUGAACUGUAUCUUACACUACCCUUUUUUCUGAGCAUGCGCAUGAACGGUCAGCGCCGAGCUCGUGUCGGGGAUCUGAGGGUAAAGUCUGCGGGAGAGCAGCGGCAGAGUGUAGGUUUUACACUACAGUACACUCUGACACACUUAAGCCUGUGGUUUUUGUGGAUGGACUCAAAGGAAUCUCUCUGUCGAUGUCGUCAGACAGAGUUUGCAAUAUUGAAAAGCCUUAACCAUGACCGAACUGUGUCUUUUGGCCUUUAUGAGAGGCGAGGGGCCAAUACUUUAUCAACAUGACUUUUCACCAAUCAUUUUUGAAAUGAUCAUGUCUUAUGUAUUCUUGUUGCCUGUUCCCCUCCAUCCAUGACACUAGUAGAAAAGAGGCCUGUGAUAUUUGUUUCCAUCACUGUUUUUCAUUGAUGCCGAUGACAAUGAGCAAAAACAAAAACACUUAACCUCAUCUUGUUUUAGGAUGCCUUCUAACAUGACUGAUCUCAUAGUUUCAUUUUCACUUUCACCUGUGAGAAAUAGGGAGCUUCUGGAAUCAGUGUUUAUAACCUGUCCAACACUUCCCAACAUUUUUGCAUCGCUUUGUAACAUUUCAUCAGUGAUUGGUCGUGCGUUGAGGGAUGAAAACAUGUCAGUGUUUGUUCUGUAUGAAUGCUUUUUGCAGUAUUUGCAACCAUGUGCCAUAAAAUAAUAAUGGGAGCAAGCAAAUGAGGCAGAAUGAGCUUCACCUUUUUGCUUCACUGCACACUUUGGUAACAAAUAGUGCCUUAAACACUAUUGGCAGAGCUGUUUAAGACUUGCCACUUUACAAGUGCAGAAGUGGCAAAGUGGUUAAGAAUAGCUGCAUUGAUUUGUUUAAUGGAUUUAAAUGUGUGAUUUGCCAUACCAAAAACCUUUGUCUCCAGUCUGUACUGGAGAGGGACCAGGGUGCACGAUCUGCUUCUUAGCAGAUCUGACUGUUGUUUUAUGUUGUCCUUAGACUGGACCUUUUUUUUUUUUUUUUUAUAAAUUCAACUUUCUCUACAUGCCAGUCACAAAAGCCAUCAGUAGCAGCUCGGCCUUGAAGCAGCAGCAGCAGCAGCAUGCUGUUUGAUCUGUAAAGAGGAAUCACAGGCUGAAACAGUGUUUUCUCGACCACUGGAGGGACACUUUGCCUGAGAGAAUUAGUUUUGAUGGUGGGUUAAAGUCACGUGGUCCAAAUGCUGUUUCAGAGGCCUUUCCACCCCAGCCGAAAAAAAAAAUAUAUAUAUAUCCUGGGGGAAACACUGGACUGAAAUGUUUAUGGAUCUGUCACUUGCUGUCUUACAAAGUAAUUAGUGAGAAGCUGACCAUUAUAGACUAAAAGAACCCAUGAAAUUCCACUGUAACAUCAUACGUUCCUUCAUGCUCGUCAGUAACUCUUGGACAUUUUCAGUAUUCGUGCCCUGUCUGACUGCGAUGCCUGAGGACACAAGUCAACUGCAAGCUGCCUUGACUUCAACAUGGUACUUUCAGUGUUGGCUUUUUGUUAUUCUGCUCCUUUACCAACCAUACCACUACUCUACUUUAAUGUCUAAGUCUUCUCACCAGUUUUGUAGACAAACUUUGCUUUCCUUUGUAAAUAUGUUUUCUUUUUCCUAUUUGUUUCUCUCUCUCUAGCCUUGGUGCAAUUUUUGUUGCAAUAAAAUACAAAGCAGUUGUGCUACUUGAAAUACA